AAAUCAAAAAGUUUUAUAUAUAAUUCACAUUCUAUUUAAGUACUAAUUAACGUAUUUUUUUGCGUGUUUCUUGUUGUUGUAAUUUUUUGACUGGAGCUUGAGAACCGUUGAUAAGAAUUUAUUGCGUUAUUUCCACACCUGUUUGUUGUUGUUUUUAUUUAAUUGGAUUCUUACUAUGUUUUUUCUUCAAUUAUUCUCUAUUGAUUUAGUUAUGGCAAAAUUUAAAUAAAAUAUCCGCUUAUAAAGGUAGGUCAAGCUUACGUAUUAUUUAAAUCAAGUGUCAAAAUUAAUGGGUUUGCAUUAAGAAUAACACGCAAAAAAAUAACUACCUGACGGUUUUUCAAAAUGCAGAUGGGUCAAGUCGGUCAAUAAAGUUGGUUGAUGUUUAAUGUUGUGAUUUGUUGGUAUGUCUUAGUAAAACCACGUUGGCUAUAAAAAAAAAUUAACUAUUAAUGAGCAAAUGUGAGUUUGUUAGAUAGUAACGCCCGCCCGUAUUAAAGUGGUCAUCAACUCCGUCUGUUUAUUCUCAGAAUUUUGUCGACAGAACUACAAAAGCUUUUAAGCUGGCAAUUGAUUGCAGUAUUUGCAGCAACUAUCUGAAAAUAUACAGAGUGGCACAGAGAAAAUGGAACAGAAGCAUUUUCCGGUAUUUAGAAAUGCAAAGUUGAAAAGUGCUCGGGCACCUAAACUUUAAAUUCCAGGCCGACGCAUUAUGGAAAAAGAUAAGGUUUUUUAGGGACAUAAUGUGUCCCUCUCUAAAUCCCUGAAAAUGUUUCUGCAUCAUUUUCAAAGCGCCAACCUCUAUAAAAUCGAUUGUUUACUGCAAACAUUAAUAAUAUCGAUUUGCGUUUGUUUAUAUCUUACGGUUUUCUUUGGGAAAAAUGCAUUAAUUGAACAAGUUGAUACUGACAAUUUUUUUUUAUCGUAAAUCAGCUUUUUAAGUAUCCUGAAGGUAAACAUUUCUGGCACCAAUUUUUACUUUUUGGGGACACCCUAUAGGCAAGUUAGUUUGUUUAUUUAUAACUUUCUCAUCUUUGCGUGAUUUGUCGCUGUUUUUACCGAGUACCACUUACAACAUUGUUGUCAAAAAAAUCACCGAAAGCUUUUUGCCGUGAAUUUUAACGCUCUUUUAUUUGCUUGGCAGAUUAACACCUUUUCAGUAUGCAUUCAAUUUUAUACUUCUGAAAAAUUAAAUGAAUUUUUAGUUAUAAAGGACCUAAUGCAUUUAAACAAGGAUUAAUAGAGGUCGAUGUUUAAAAACGUUUGAAGAAUCCAAUGAAACAUUUCCUUUUACCAAGAAACCGGUGUUCUUGUGUAUGUGGGGCCGAGAAUUUCAUAAAUGUCUCCGUUAGUCUCUCCGAAUCGGUCAGCCUAAAAAUCCUUACAUAAGAAAAAAUGAAGGCGGCACUAUAUAAGAGAAAUUGCACAUUGAUUACGGCAUACUUUGUCUCACGGAUGUCUCAGAUCUGAACCAAUGCCUUGAACACCCAACAUGUUUAAACAAAUAGAAAAUUGAUUAUAAACUAAAUCUGUCUCGGUAGUGUUCAAGUGUAGAAAGUGAAGCGCGGUAAAGUGGAGGUGCAUCUAACAGUAAAAUGGUCAAUAAGGCAUUCAUAUCACUCAUAGCUUUAACUUUGAGCUUGAGCUUUUGCGCCAGUCAACCAGUCUCCAAACUGGAGACAUCAGCUGAACCGAAAUUUUUUGGACUUGCGGCCCUAUAUGGGGGCAUUUUGGCUGCGGGACUAGCAAAUAACGGAGGAUGGAAUUCCGGGGGAGGACAUCAGAAACCUGGACAUGGUCAUGGUGGACAUGGAGGGCACGGCAAUCAAGGUGGAAACUUUUUGGGCCAGUUAACCGGAGGAUGGGGAGGCUGUAAAAGGAAAUGUUAACGCAUUAAAUUAAUCAGAAAUUA